GCCACAGAUAGACCCAGAGAUAUACAGGCACACAGGCAGACAGGCAGACAGCAAGCCAUACAUUCAUACACACACACACACUAAGGGAUGUGAGGGAGGGACAGACUACGAGAACAUACGGCUCAAACUGGAAUAAGACUAAACUUUAGAGAAAAACAGUUACAGAGUAACAUAAACAGGGAUACAUUCUAAUUAAAAACAUAAAAAGUUCCAAAGCCAUUAAGUAUCAAACAAGAAGCUAAAGAAAGUAAACAGUUACAUAAGAGUCACUUGGGACCACUUGAGAGUGAAUCCAUAGACACUGAUACAUAGAUAGAGGAGCUGUUUUGGGGAUGAGUGCUGCUGAGCAGGCUAUAAGGAUGUUCACUCACAAUAUAGUGUGGACCAGGCUCAUCCCUUUAUUCAUUGCCCGUUGGAUGCCUUGGCUGUUACUCCUGCUGUGCAUGAAAGGAUGUAUGUCAUCUCUUGGGUCCUCUAACCCUCUGUUCUCCAAGGACAGGCGUGUGACCCGUGAAGAUUCAGCAGGACCUGUGAAUACCCUGUCUGACCCUCUGUCCCUGCACAUGAUGAAGUUGUACGAGAAGUACAGUCGGGAGGCAAGCAGACCCCGUGAUGGGAACACAGUAAGGAGCUUCAGGGCACAGCUAGGUAAGGACACCGUUUAAAGGUAUUAUUAACCGAACAUAGGCUUGUAUUGCAUUACAAAUUGUAAAAAAGCAUGUAAAAAAAAAGUUGAUCUUACAAAAAAAAAAAAAAAUUACUCCCAUAGUCACAGCUCGGCUAUUUUAUCUACAUUUUGAUAUUUGAUUAUCAAUUCACUGUAAUGUGAUGUUUGGUGAAUAAAGGACAUAGAAGCAACAAAAAUAAUCAGGAGCUGAGCUACUACACUUUGCUCGCUAAACAGUGAAUUGCAGAAGGUAAGCAAAAAUAGCAAAGUCCGAAAAAAGUAAAUCUCCCAAUUUUUUUAUAGUCACAGCUGAGCUAUUUUAGCCUGAAUCUUGUAAUCUGUUUUUCAGGUUUCUCUUUGCAAUUCACUAUUUAGUAAAUAACACCAUUUUAUCUGGAAUGCUUGCUAUGCUCUGUGUGAGAAGAGCUCAUGCCCAUACCAUCCUAUAUAAUGCCUUAUUUUAAAGCUAUAGUAAGCCAGUUAUUUAGAUUUGUAAAAUGUCAAUGGAUGGAUGAGUGAUGAGUGACGAUAUUGAACGUUUCAAGUGACUCUUAGCUUUCAAGAUUCUACUCAAAAAGCAAUAUCAUGAAGCAAUCAUAUAAUAGAAAUCGAAUGGCUAGAUUAAAAAACAAUUCAAAAUUUCUCAUGUCUGAGCUGUUGAUUUUCAAACUCAGUGAUACCCAAGAGUUCAUGAAUUUUAGGGUGAUACAAAAAAUGUAAAAAAAAAAUUAAAAAAAAAUGGCAUAUGUCUUCAAGUCAAAUGUGUACACAAACUAUGUUGUGGGUGUGGAAGUAACCAUUUAUCACCUUAAUGAUAACUAAAACUAGUGCUAAGUAUUAAUGUAUUCACCUAUUUUUAUUACAACUGCAAAAGCCCCAGAUUAAAAACUUAUUCUUAACAGAAAAGUAUAGUCAGUUACAAAAUUAAAAGGAAUCACAUGGAAAACAAUGGGGUGUUUCUAAUGGUGCCUUGGUUUCCACGGUGAUAGCUCCACUUUUAGAGCACUGCUCCUAUUAGUGACAUUAGUGACAAUUUGUUCAAUCCCCCCACAUAUCUGAAAAAGAUUAAUGGAGAUGUAUAGAACUCCUGGUAAGAGAGAAAAAUAGUUCUUAAAUGGGGCAACCAUUAAAAUAACUUUUAAGUGAAAAACUGGGGCAAUCAGCCCACAUGUUAAAUUGUUUAUUUAAAGUGAUUGUCCCGCUUUGCAAACCUUGCCCAUUUUGGGUUAUAUAAAUGUAACGGGACAUCAAUUCUAAUGCAAACAUUCUGACAGUAAAGUAACAAAUUCAGUUUUUUCCACAUUUCUUGCUCCACUUUUAGAAAUUUGCCCCUGAGUUACUUUCUAUAAAGAACCCCAAUUGUUUAAUUUCUAAUCCACAGUGACAGCCAUCAACUGGAUACAUGGGAUCUUGUCUCCCUGGCUCAGGGCACUGGAAAUCAAAUCACAUAAUAUUGGUACUGUGACUCUUGAAUGACCCUGUUUGUAAUGUGCUUUGGGACAUCUGAGCUUUUCCAGUAGAUUGUCAUGUAAAUAUCUUCCUAUAAUUGAUGGACACAUGAAAGGUCUAGAAAUGUAUACAAAUAGGAUCUGAGAACAUUUUACUGCAGCAAUGACUUACACCUGCUCCUCUUAAAUAAUAAAAAAAGAUUAAUCAACUUAAAUAUUUAAUGUCAAUAUGUACCCUAAAGCUUCAUGAUCUAAUCGGUAUCCCCACCAGGCCACCCUUGCUUAUAUAAGAGUAUUUUCUAAAUCUUUACAAUUCAGGGGUCUAGAAAAUCUCUUUUUUUUUCCACCUUGUAUGGAUCUCAGUAAUGUAAGCAAUGCUGUGUUCAUUUGGUUGAUGCUAUAUUGAUAUUGACAUCAUGACAUGGCAUUAACCUUUCCUUUUUUUUCUUACAGACCCUAUGGUUUCACGUUCCACCUAUAAAUUCAACUUAACAUCUCUCCAAGAGUCUGAGGUAGUCUUGGUUGCCACUCUUCAUUUUGCUCCCGAAAAGGUUAAUCGUCCUGCAAGAGAGGCAUUCUGCAAGAGGUCCAAAAACUCUUCUUGCCGUAUUCUCUCCCCACAAUUUCAGUGGAUCAGUGUUGUCUUCAAGAGUGCUCUUCACAACACAGAUCUAGGCUCAGUGAAAUGGAACAUCACCAACAAUCCACCAUACCGGAGAGCAACUUGGCAUGCCAAAGACAUUACCAGCAUUAUCCGGUCAACCCAGAGGGAGCAAGACUUGGUGAUAUCAGUUGAUAUAGACUUUGGGGAUAAGUUUCCUGCCACUUAUGAAAAUGCCCCUAAUGAUCUGCCAUACAUUUUGGUCUUUGCAAAUGAUAGGGCAAUUUCAGAGCCAAAUAGUGUGGCACUGACCUUACAGAGAUAUGACACAUCACAAACAAAUGGUGGAAAUCCAAAAAACUCACCCAAUGCAUCUUCAGAAAGCAGGGUGAGGAGAGAUGCUAGCAGUUUUGUUGGUUCUCCCCAUGAUAAUGAACUUCCAAAUGUUAAGUAUGUACGGUACGGUAAGCAAGAUCUUUGGGACACCACAUACAAAUCUCUGAAACACAAAGCACCAAGGAAAGAGAAAAAGAAAAAGGGUCAAGAGAAUGCAGAUACAUUGCCUAAAUCGCCUGUUCUGCACUUUGAUGAGAGGACUAUGAAGAAAGCAAGGAGGAGACAGUGGGAUGAACCCAAGGUCUGCUCACGCAGGUACCUAAAGGUGGACUUUGCUGAUAUCGGAUGGAGUGAGUGGAUUAUAUCCCCCAAGUCAUUUGAUGCUUACUACUGCUCUGGUACUUGUGAAUUCCCCAUGCCAAAAGUAAGUAUACCCAUCAUUAUUAAUUAUAAUGUGCUAAAACGUAAUUGGUAUGGUUAUACAAAUACUAUACAGCCUCUUGCUAUAAUCUUGCUUUUCUCUAUAAACGCUCAAUACCAAUUAUCUUAUUGAUUACUAUGAAAUCUAAUUUGUAUCACAUAAUAUUGAUUGAUGACUACAUAAGGACAUAUUUAUUAGGAUACUUUAAAAACAAACAUAUGCACACACAUUUUAACUUAUAAUGUUGGCCUUUAAUAAGUGUAUAUGUAUGUUGUAUGUGCAUGUUGUUUUCAUUUUAUUUAAUUAUUUAUUGAUAGUAGAAUAGUUACAUAGUUACAUAGCUGAAUGGAGACUUGCGUCCAUCAAGUUCAGCCUUCCUCACAUAUGUUUUUGCUGUUGAUCCAAAAAAAGGCAAAAAACCUAGUCUGAAGGCUUCUAAUUUUGCAACGAAAAUUCCUUCUUGACCCCAAAAUAGCAGUCAGAUGUCUCCUUGGAUCAAGCAGCUAUUACCCCACUAAUUAGAAAUUAUAUCCCUGUACGUUAUGUUUUUGCAAGUAUUUAUCCAAUUGCAGUUAAAACAUCUGUGUAGACUCUGACAAAACCACCUCUUCAGGCAGAGAAUUCCAUAUCCUUAUUGCUCUUACUGUAAAAAAAACUUUUCUUUGCCUUAGAUAAAAUCUAAUUUCUUCCAGCCUAAAUUAAGUUGCAUGGCUUGCAUGGCUCUUCUGGUAUUCAUGCUCAUUUAUCUAUCUACAAUUAAAGGAACACUGUAGGCACUAUAACAAUUUUAUCUUAAUGAAGUUUUAUAGUGCCCUCAGUCAUAUCCCCCCUGGCCUACCCCACUGUAAACCCUUUGUGUUACUAAAUAGAAGGCUUGGAAGCAAGACUUCAAACCACAGAUCUAAGCCCUCUGUGUGUGUGGGUAAUAUGAUUUCCCUGCUCUCAUACUGUAACAUACAGUGAUGUCACAUGCGCAGUGCCAUCAUGGUAUUUAAGUGCGUUUGAUAUGUUUUGGCCUAAUAUGCAUGCUUUAUUUUUUCCCUAUUCUAAUCUAUUUAGUUCUACUAAACAAGAAAAUAUUUAUUUACACUGUAACUCCACUACCUUAGUCACUAUCUAUUGUCACAAAGCAACUUCCUUAAUAGAAGUAUUCUUUAUAUGUACUUAGCCAAUAAAAGAUCAGUGUGAGCUGAGCUGCUGACAUGUCUCCACCCCAUCAGCUCAAACAGAUCUUUCAUUGACUGAACUACACUGUUUACCUUAAAGGGACACUAUAGGCACCCAGACUCUUUAGCUAAUAUAUGUUGUCUGGGUGCAUAGUUCCAGGUCCCUUAACCAUGCAAAGGUAAUUAUUGCAGUUUUUAAUAAACUGUAAUAACUACCUUAAGUGUUAACUCCACCUCUAGUGGCUCUCUACCAGUUAGGUGACUUUUGGUCGCCUAACUGAUGAUGGAUGUCAUCACGCUAUGCAAAACGCUAUAGGAAAGCAUCAUACAAUUCUUUUUGACCUCUCUGCUGCUUUUGACACUGUUGAUCAUCUUCUCCAAACUCUUCAAUCACUCGGUCUCCGUGACUCUGUCCUCUCAUGGUUUUCUUCCUAUCUCUCCCAACGCUCAUUCAGCGUCUCCUUUUCUAAUGAUACCUCCACUGUUUGUCCUGUCUCAGUUGGAGUCCCUCAAGGCUCUGUCCUUGGUCCCUUUUUUGUUUCUCUUUACACUGCCUCUCUUGGCAAGCUCAUUACCUCUUUUGGAUUCAAAUACCACCUGUACGCUGAUGACACCCAGAUAUAUCUCUCCUCCCCAGACCUCUCCCCUGAUGUCCUGCAACGUGUCACCUCUUGCCUUUCUUCUAUCUCUGAUUGGAUGUCCUCCCGCUUUCUGAAACUGAAUCUUUCCAAAACAGAACUUCUUGUGUUUCCUCCUCCUAAUAUUAAUCCUCCUCUCUCGCUCUCCCUUCAGAUUGGUGGUACCCAUAUCAGCCCAUCCUUACAAGCACAUUGUCUUGGUGUUACUUUUGAUUCUGGCCUGAACUUUGAGCCUCACAUCGGGUCUGUUGUCAAAUCAUGCCAAUUCCACCUCAAAAACUUCGCCCGCAUCCGCCCCUUUCUUACACAAGAUGCUACUAAAGAGCUUGUCCAUGCUCUAGUAAUCUCUCGCAUGAACUAUUGUAACUCUCUCCUAAUUGGUCUUCCUAAUAGCCGUAUUGCCCCGCUACAGUCUGUGAUGAAUGCUGCCGCCAGACUGAUUUUCCUCUCUAUUCGGUCCUCUCACACCUCACCCCUCUGUCAGUCCUUACAUUGGCUUCCUGUAUCUUAUAGGAGUCGAUUCAAAGUGCUAACCCAUACCUAUAAAGCACUGAAUAAUCUUAGCCCCUCUUAUAUCUCCUCACAGAUCCAUAGGUAUGCCCCUUCUCUGUCUCUCCGCUCUGCCCGUGACCUUCUACUGUCCGCUGCUCGUACCCGUACGGUCAACUCGCGCUUGCAGGACUUUUUGCGGGCGGCUCCCAUCCUAUGGAAUAGCCUGCCUACCGCCAUCAGACUCUGCCCUAGUCUUCAAUCAUUUAAGAAGUGCCUUAAAACUCACUUCUUUAGGAAAGCCUAUGGCCUCCCAGACUAACAUACCUGUCUCUUGCUCUCUCCUAAAGGGCAGCACUCUACUCUCUCCUCCAGCUCUGCUUCACUUCUGCCUAUUUUGACUUCUAUUCCCUGUCCUAAUGUGUUUUAUACCCCACCUCCUAUAGACUGUAAGCUCGUUUGAGCAGGGCCCUCUUCAACCCUUCGUUUUUGUGAGUUUUCUUGUAAUUGUCCUAUUUAUAGUCAAAUCCCCCCUCUAAUAAUAUUGUAAAGCACUACAGAAUCUGUUGGCACUAUAUAAAUCGCAAUAAUAAUACAUGCUUUCCAAUGAGGUAAAUACUAAUGUGAGUUCGGCCAUUGAAGAGUGGAGCCGAAGCCAGAAGGUGAGGGACAUCGGCGCUAGACUCAGGUAAGUGACAGAGGGAGGGGUGCGCGAGUGAUGUGGGCACUAUAGGGAGCCAAAGUGCCAGGAAACAACUUUGUUUUCCUAAUACUGUAAUUUCCCUUUAAAAGCAAGAAAAUGUUUUGACUAAAGGGGCGGUGAGGAUAAAGGGUGGAGUUAUGCUGCAGAAAGAUGCAAAACAUUUUAUAAAUAGAUAUAUUAAUAGAUGGAUGUGUGGCAGAUACAUGGUAUCAUAUGGUAUCACUGGCAUAAGUAUAUUGUUCUGCAGUCAGAAAGUUGGUUGAGCACAAUAUACGGAUAUCCAAUCCACAGCAGUUAGGGUGUCCAGGGUUGACUAUGGUAUGCAGACAUACAUCAAUUGCCCAUGGUAUGCAGACGCACUACAUAGGGAGAAGUCAUACAAGGUUAUUCACUAAAAUGAGCAUUCAAAGUGUAUUUCAAAUUUAAGACCUUGGUGGCUGAACUGAAAACAUAGCUGACUUGUUUACAGUUCGACUACAUUAAAUUUAAAUUUGAAAUUCACUAAUGUGAGUUUCCUAUACUUGUUACAAACUUCAGUUCAUUAAUCAGUUAGAAGUGAGAUAUAUUUUUUGUAAGUUGUUUUCAUAAUACUCUUUAGUAAAACCAGAGCGUAGGACAGAGCUGCAAUUCUGAGAUGUUCAAAGUAAUAGAUUACUGAUUGUAUGCUAAGACCCGAUGUCAGCACAGAGGGUCUAAGAUUAAUGGCAUAGCCUCACAUUAGUAUCAUGCACAUCAAGAGCUGGAGUGCAGCGUACAUGAUUUGCAUACACACUGUGAAAAUCCAAGUCACCCGAUAGGUACCUGAUUGUAAGUGGAGGCAUGCAUGGGGUAGAGUGUAGAACACAGGGGUGAAAGCAGACUUAGGGGCUUUAAGGAGAGGGAAAUAGAUGGUGGGGGGUAGGACAAGGGUAAAAGAGGAAAAGGUUGACAGGACGAGAUGUAAGGGAAAGCAGACAAGAGCACAUGUAAGGGAAGGUAGGCAUGAGGAGAUGUAAGGUAAGGAAGAAAUUAGGAGAUGUACGAGAAGACAGACAUGAGGAGAUGUAAGGGAAGGUAGACAUGAUGAGAUGUAAGGGAAGUUAGACAUGAGGAAAUAUACAAGGAGACAUGAGGAGAUGUAAGGGAAGGCGGCUUGAGGAGAUGUAAGAGAAGGCAGACUUGACAUAUUAUUCAGGCGCCCCUGCUGGCUGCCACACUUUUCUCAGGCUCCCGACCUCUCUAGGAAUUAUCUUAAUUUUAACCCCCUUACACUCAUAAUUCAUCACAAAUAUUUCAAGGACCAAUAUCGACUCCCCAUACCACACAACUGGAUUUACCAAAAUUAAGCGGUUGGCAUUACUAAACUGAGAUACACAACGGAUUAAAAUAUACUUCCACUGGUCCAUCUUACUACCAGGAAGAGAUACCUUCAGCCGAACACAACAAGCAAGGUACAUUUAAACUAAAAAAACGACUCACCUCCAUGUGUAAAUAGGGUUUUGGAUUUGAUCAUCCAUUCAGCAAUGCUCAGAUUUCAUUUCUAAACACCAAGAAAACUAAUUGAUGAAAAUUAUUUCACUAAACACAUUGUUUUUCAACUCCUGUAAUCUGACCUGCUAGUGGUUACCCUAAAAUCACUUGGCAUCUUCAAAUGGACUGACAGGGGCUGCUGUGGAGGAAAAUCAAAACUUAAAGUUCAAUCUCCUGACACUAUUACAGCUGCUCCACCACCCUGUCUACCUGCAAGCCCAAUUGGAGUGAUUCAACUUAGAAGCCACAAAAAACGCACUAUCAAAUCAAGGAAACCUCUUUGUGUGAUACCCAUUAGAAGACACACCGUUUCCAAAGUACAGAGCAAAAACUCUGAAUCCCAAGACUGUCCUAUCAGAUCAAUCCUGUGCAAUGCCAGAUCAAUAAGAAACAAAACAGCCAUUACUGCCAACCUUAUUGUAACAUGCGAAUUAGCAUGUAUUACAGAAUCAUGGCCAGAUGAAAAUGCAAGGCCUAUUCUAGAGGCAGCUAUUCCAGGCAAUUACACAGUGUUCCACUGCCCAAGACAAGAUUGCAAGGGAGGUGGGGUUAUGAUCUCUAUGAAAUCAUCCUUAAAUCCCAGACCAAUAUCAGUCCACAAACCCCAAUCUUUUGAAUGCGUAGCUGCCAGCCUCUCAAUAGAUAGAGGAUUCCAGAGACCCCCAGGAGAUGGGAAGAGAUUUCUUCAGGAACCUUUUGGCUGGCUUAAUCAUUGAACACCCCAGAUGGCUUAUAUUGGGAGACUUCAACACUUGGAUUGAUUAAACCCUAUCCUUGCGUGCACUCGCCCAAACAAAAAUCGUCGCCACUUCCAGUCUGGACUAGAAGUGUCACCAGUAACUGUAAAUUGCAUGGUUAGGGGUCUUAGCUCUAUGCGCUCCCAGGCAGAGACGGCACUCAGCCCUGGAAGCUCUUAGUCCUUACAAGGACUUCUCCCCGUUGCAUGCCCCGCAAGCUGGAACAGCAGACACAGGGGUUAAAUCUUCCCUCCCUUCAAUAACAGGAAAAACACACAGCUUUGGAGGUUAAAACACAGAACUCUGACAAUCUUUAUCUUUACUCAGGGAUACACAUUAAACCAUAUUACAUUUAGGGGGGUUACACUUUGGGGCUCAGCGCCCCUGCAAGUGAAGGGGGUUAAGGGUUGAAACCAACAUUGCUAGAUAGCCCUGGGUCCCCUCUGGGAUGCCUGCAAAAAGCGGGGCAAUAUCAGCGUCAAACGUCUAGGCCUUGAGGCUCUGUACAUUCCCGAAAUUAGUUCCAUGGCGUUGCUUGGGUAAGUCUGGCGAAUUCAAACUUUGCGCCCCAAACCAAGCAACAACCAAUCAGCUGAAAGGGCGUGAACCAAAUCGCGCCAAUCAGCAUUCAGGGGAGGAAGGAGUUUUGCUGCCCAAUCCGAAGAAAGGGCGCGAAACUCGGCUGCACCAAUCGGUGCUCAGGGAGGAGAGGGGUUUCGCCGCCAAUCAGGGGAAAGGGCGCAAAACUGGAUUGCUGCAAUACGCUGAAAGGUGCAAAACAAAUUUGCGCCAAUCAGCGCACAGGGAUGAGAGGGGUUUCGCCGCCCAAUCAGAAGAAAGGGCGCGAAACCCUGUUUGAACAAGUGCUCCUUCACCGAUUGGUCACCAGCUCCCUGCAGCGACCAAUCAGUGCUUACUUGUACCGACCAACCAGGAGAAUGGCACAAACCCAGUUUGCAUGAGCGCUCCCUCUCCCAUUGGUCAGCAUGGACUUCCAUGUGGCCAGUGGGAAUCUGUAGCCGUGACACCGACUCACGGCUCCAGAGAUUCUCUGCUGGUGCGCGUCCCCACCCAGGUAUCCACUGGAGAGAGAGUUCUCCUAGGCAGCUACAAGCCUAGCCUAAUAGCUGCCAGGUAGGGGGAUGGGAAACAAUGACUAUAGCUCCAUUGGGGAAUGGGUAGGACGGUCCCUGACAUGGGGACUGAAGACAGGGUGCGCAGGGCAGUUGGGGAUACGAAUGCUGCCCCCUGGUGACGUUCGGCUAUACGAACCGACGGCCACCCAGAGGCAGCAUGCGCCACGUUAGCGAAGUGGGAACAUUUUAACUAUACAUUCUAAAUGGAGUAUUGGGGUAGUCUGGCGCACGGUGCUCCGUGCGCCGGAGCACCCCCUUGUGGAUGAAAAGUAAAAUACAAGGGGAAACACAUAUUCAAUAAGGGAAAAUCAUAACACUACACAUUGGAGACACAAAAUCCAAAACCAAACAUAUGAAUACUCAAUGGGCAUGGCAAUUAGUGGCGGUGUCCUGCCACAAGUAGUUUGGUCAGACCACCACUCCAUUCACUUCUCCACUGUAUCACAAUCAGCCAGACAUCAGCCUCAGAACCUGAUCAAACACCACUCAUUAAAAGGGGUGAAACACAUUAACAUCACACAUUAUUAUUUAUAUAGCACCAAAAAAUUCCGCAGCGCUUUACAGUGGGUGGACGAACAAACAUGUAGUUGUAACCAGACACACAGAAACAGAGGGAUUGAGGGCCCUGCUCAAUGAGCUUACAUGAUAGAGGGAGUGGGGUAAAGUGACACAAAAGGAAAGGGUAGUAUUAGACUAAUGACAGUUGUAAGAUAGGAAUCAGUCAGGAGCUAUUAACAGUUUAAUUGAUACGCUUUUAAGAGGGUUUUAAUGAUUUUUUGAAGGAGUGGAGACUGGGUGAGCAUCUAAUGGAGGAAGAAAGUGAGUUCCACAGGAACGGUGCAGCCCUCGAGAAGUCUUGAAGGCGAGCAUCAGAGGUAGUAAUACGGACAGAAGAUAGACGUCUUCAGCAGAGUGUAAAGGGCCUUGACGGGACAUACUUGUGUAUUGGGAAUGAUAGAUCGGCGGGAGCAGCAUUAUGUAAAAAUUUGAAAGCAAGAACCCGAAUUUUAAAUUGAGCCCUAUAUCUUACAGGAAGCCAAUGUAGGGACUGACAGAAGGGCGAGGUGUGUGAGGUGCGGGCAGACAGGAAGAUGAGCCUCGCCGUUGCAUUCAUUAUGGUCUGAAAUGGUGCAUGUUGGGAGCACGUGAGACCACUGAGUAGCGGAUUACAGUAGUCAAGGUGAGAAAGGACAGUGGAAUGGACCAACACCUUAGUCGCAUCUGACGUUAAGUUGACGCAAUGUUUUUGAGAUGGAAGCGGCAGGAUUUGGCGAUAGACUAAACAUGAGGCGUGAAGGAGAGGUCGGAGUCAAAGAAAACACCAAGGCAGCAAGCCUGUGUGAUGGAGCUGAUGGUAGCACUGUUGACUUGGAGAGAGAUAGACACAGGAGUAGCAACACUUGAGCAAGGAAAGACCAGAAUUUCAGUUUUGGUCAAGUUGAGUUUAAGGAAGUGGGCAGCCAUCCAGUUAGAAAUAGCAGAGAGGAAGUCAGAGACACUAGUCAAUAGGGAUCGGGAGAGAUCAGGAGAGGACAGAUAGAUUUGUGUGUCAUCCGCAUAGAAAUGAUAUUGGAAGCAAAAGGAGCUAAUGAGUUUACCAGUAUAGAUUAGGCAGUAUAGAUUGAGAACCGUAGGGGACCAAUGACUGAACCUUGGGGGACACCAACAGAGAGCAGUUGGGGAGAAGAAGUAGAGCCAGAGAAAGAAACACUGAAAAAGCACUGGGAAAGGUAGGAGGAGCACCAGGAGAGAGCAAUCUUGUAGACCGAUACUGCGGAGGAUGAGAAGAAGCUGUUGAUGAUCAGCAGUGUCAAAGUCGCAGAAAGGUCAAGGAGAAUUAGGAUAGAGUAGUGACCACGAGAUUUUGCAGCGAGUAGAUCAUUGGAUACUUUGGUCAGUUCCGUUUCCACAGAGUGCUUAGCGCGGAAACAAGACUGAAGCGGGUCUAGCAGAGAGUUGGACUUGGGGAAGUCUGUCAAUCUCACAUACACAACUUUUUCAAGUAUCUUGGAUGUAAAAGGCAUAUGAAUCUAAGUGAUCUAAUGGGCACCUGUGAAGACCCCAGCUCCUUAGUCCGACUCCACAACAAAACCAUGAGAUAUACCCUAGAAAACACUGCACCAACACACAUACGCACUGUCAAAACCCACAACAAUGCACCGUGGUUUGAUAGCACCAUCAGAGAAAUGAAGAGACCCGGCCGUAAACUCGAGAGAAAGUGGUGCAGGACACAUGAUGCAGAGGAUAAAGCCACUCUUACCAAACAUCUAAACAAAAAUCAGUUCAAUAUAAUCUUAAUUUUUAUUACGCAAAAUUGCACUCUCCCACAAUAGACCCAGGCAACUGUUUCGCACAGUAGAAAGGCUCUGCAAACCAGCAUGCAUGCAUAGCCCCACCAACCUCUCUCAGGAUAAGUGUGAAGCAUUUGCGAUCUUCAUCAGAGACAAGAUUUCCUCAAUCCGAGCCUCUAUCACAGCAGGCCAAACAGUUACACACAAGAACCACUACAAUAGAAUGCCAGAUUGCCGCAGUUUAUGGUCCACUUUUACAAAUGUGAAUAUAAAGGGAGUAAAAAAAGAACCAUGCAAACGUUACACCCUUCUACAUGUGACUUAGACCAUUAUCCGCUUAUAUCUGCAUGCAUUGAAACACUCGCCCCAGCCCUCACAAAAAUAGUGCAGUGUUCACUGAAAACUGGAGACUUCCCAGAUACUUUAAAAAAAGCUGUGGUUAAACCACUCCUAAAGAAACCUUUAUUAGACCCAGACUGCAUGGUUAAUUACAGACCACUAUCAUUUCCAUUUCUGGGGAAAAAAAAUUGAAAAAGUAGUGGCAACUCAACUGGAGGCCCAUCUAUCAAGCUAGAACAUCUUUGAUCCUUUCCAGUCAGGUUUCAGAUGUUGCCACAGCACUGAAACACCGCUAGUCCAAGUGCUAAAUAAUCUCCUUAUGGCGACAGACAAAGUUGAUUACUCCAUCCUAAUCCUCUUGGAUCUCUCAUCUGCAUUUGACACUAUUGACCAUAGGUUUUAAUAGAACUGGUUUAAAUCUUUCCUCACUGGUAGAUCACAGAGAGUAACACCAGGAUCAAGCUCAUCGGCACCAAAAGAACUGGCCUGCAGAGUUCCACAAGGAUACAUCUUGUCUCUCAUGCUAUUCGCAAUUUACUUGCUGCCACUGGGGAACAUCAUUAGGCGACAUGGCCGAAGGUAUCAUUGUUACGCUGAUGACACACAACUCUACUUCUCCUUUGCUCCAGAUAUCACAGACCCAACAUGCAGCAUCAUCAGUUGCUUAGAAGACCUCAUAGAAUGGAUGAAUGCUAGUUGGCUUAAAGAAAACCCAGACAGAACAGAGUUGCUCUUGGUGAGGGGACCCCGGGCAACAAAAAUAUCCCAUGAUUACCUAACUGGCCUGGAGCUUUGAGGCCCCGAACUCAUCAGUUCAUCAAAGGUACGAAACCUCAGAGUGCUGAUUGACUCUGGACUAUCAUUUAAACAGCAGAUUUCCUCUGUAAUAAAAUCUACCUACUUUCAUCUGAAAAACAUAGCCAGGAUACAACACUUAAUUCCACCAGAUGAUAUAACUCCAUCGCAUUCAGACUGUACAAAAUGCAGCAGCCAGACUACUGACCAAUCAAACUCAGUCCUGCCACAUAACACCUGUUCUCCACUUCUUGCAUUGGCUUCCAAUUAAAUGGCGAACAUAUUUUAAAAUUGGCCUGCUAAACUUCAAAGCCUUAAACAAUCAAGGCCCACAGUACCUGAAAGAGCUCCUGACACCUUACAUUCCAUCCUUGUCAGUGCCGAGAAUAAAGAUAGACUCAGGUUCCAGGGCAUUCAGACACGCUGCCUCUACUUUCUGGAACUCCUUACCAUGCUCAAUCAUUGAGGCACCGUCCUUGCAGGCUUUAAAAAUAAAGCUAAAGACCCACCUCUUUCAUCAGGCAUUCAGUCCGCUCAGCUGACCUUCAGAAACUCCUAACUUUAUGUUUUUACGUUUGUAUACUUGUAAAGUAUAGGAUUGAGAAUAGGGUUAUGGUGGGGAAGAGAAACAGGAUAUGAAGAGAGUUGUAUGUAUGGCAGUGCUAGCUGGAAUUUGGAGACAGAGAGAUAAAUCAGUCUUGGAGAAAACGAGAGAGACAUCAGUUAUUGUACAGAAGGAGAGAGAACACACAUUAAUGGGUAGACUGUAGCCAUGGGGAGAACACAAAGAUGCAAGAGUCAAAGGGAAGGUGUCAAAGACAAAUUACAACUGACGCAAAAAGGAGGGAAGACACAGAAGAUAGAGGUGAAAGAAGUGUUGAGAGGGAGAGAGCAACUCAGUGAAAGAGGGAAGAAGUAUAAUACCAAUUUUUUAUGUGGUGUCAACAUAUUCUGCAGUGCUCUACAAUAGGAAACAAGGCAAACAUUUAAUUCUAACAAAACAUGUAUGACAUAUGGAAACAGUAGGUGAAGAGCAUUCUGCCCGAAUGAGCUCACAUUCUAAAGAUAUGAGAAUUCUGAGAGAUCUGGCAGACAUAGAAAAGAUGGAGUGAAAGCAGGACGUCUGACAGAAAGGAGGAGGAAAGAUAAAUGUACUGAUAUGCAAUAGUGGAGCUGUAAUAUUUUGCCUAGUGUGGUAUCUGCUGUACUUAUAAGAGGCUGCAAUGAUCAUCUGGCACUGCUGUAUGCAUUCUGUGAAAAAGACCUGCCUUCGUGACUGAUAUUUUCCUUCUGUACUGCUCCUGUGAAUAACACUAGUCUAAUAUACAAAUAGUAUAUAUUUGUUAUUCUACAAGUUAAUUAAAACAUGCUUUAAAUGGGUUUUCACUAAUCUAUUUUAUUUGGAAUAUCGGGGCUGUAAGGUUAAGAUGAUAUAUAGCAUGUUAGACACUUAUGUAUAGGCAUAUAGCACACUGACGUGCAUAUACACAUCUUUGGCAGUAAAUGUGUCGCGGCUGCUGACCCGCCGCGUGACAAGGCUGUGCCCGACCGGCACAGCCUCGCCGACAGCACGAGCUUACCUGCUCGUUGGCGAGCCGACAGCCGCUUCCCUGCAUCCUCCGGCCCUCGCACCCGGAUCCAAAAUGGCGCUGACCGUGUGGUCGCACCUAAAAAUAGCUCGGCCCCCGAAGUUUGUACUGACGUGCGCUUGACGUCACGACGUCAACGCGCACGCACGUUUUGGGGUCAGAGGUCGCCCUCUGACCAAUCAAACCUUAGAGAGGGAUAUUUAAAUCCCUAGCUCACCCCAGUACCUUGCCCUGUCGUGGUUUCCUGUUCCUGGUGUCCUGAGAGUGCUUUAUCUUUGUGAAUCUGAUUUCCUGGUAUCUUGAUCUUGGCUUUUCCCUGGUUAUUCUGAAUUCUGGUAUCCCUGACUUGGCUUGUGUUAAUGGUAUUGUGUAUUUUCUGGCUUCCUUGACCUCGGCUUUCCCUUUGACCAUUCUCUGUCUUUAGCGUAUUAGUCCGGCCAUUUUAAGAUCCGGUUUACGCUCUGUCCUUUUUAUUUUCCUUUUCUAGCCUAUGUAUAUGUUUACAUAGUUUCUGCGUUCUGGACCACACUAGUAGUCAUGACAUUACGACAGGGACAUGGAUCCUGCGGAACUAUGCAAACAUAUGAUUGCCUGUGAGAGUAGGGUGGAGGAUAUGGACCACAGGUUAGAUCAAUUUGCCCAGGCAUUUCAGACCUUGCUCCAGAGAACUGCCUAUUUAGAGGCACCUCCUGUACCAUCUGUGGUUCCGCCACCUGUAGUGGCUCCCGUGCCACAAACCACCGUCCAUAACCCUUUCACCUCCCCCUCGUUAUGGAGGUGAUUCGAAAGAAUUUAGAGGUUUUUUAAACCAAAUUGAGUACCACUUCGAGGCUUCCCCCGGUUCAUUCCCUACAGAUAGAUCUAAAACUGGCUAUCUGAUGAACCAAUUAACAGGAAAGGCUUUAACCUGGGCUAACCCAUUAUGGGAGAGUGGGAACACCGUAGCCCGUGAUUACAGUGUCUUCCUAACAGCAUUUAAGGCUACUUUUGAACCCAAAGGCAGAGAAAAGAACGCUGCCAAAGUCCUAAUGAGAAUAAAACAAGGCAGUUGCUCUGUAGCUGAUUACGCCAUAGAGUUCAGAACAUUGGCGUCCGAGGUUGACUGGACCAAUAGUGGUUUGGUGGCUGCUUUCUCAGAAGGUUUAUCCCAGAGUAUACAGGACGAAACCGCAGCUAGAGACCUUCCGGUUAACUUCAAUUACUUUAUUGCUAAUAUGAUUUAUAUCGAUAACAGGCUCAGAGAAAGAGAGAAAAACAAACAACGUAAUAGACGUCCUAACUUGUCCAUAGCCCCUCCUUUCUCUAACCCAGUGGUGGUUAGCCAAGCUCCACCUCCAGAACCUGAACCCAUGCAAUUGGGUAUUGCUAAACUCACUGAGGCAGAGAGACAACACAGACGUAAUGAAGGGUUGUGUAUGUAUUGCGGCAAGAAGGGACAUCAAAGAUUUUCAUGUCCAGUUCGGCCGGAAAACUUGCGCACCUAAGGCACGUACGGGGGCCGAUCUUAGGUGUGUAUUUGUCCCCUAAAUUGACUAAGAACCGUUUCCUUGUCAGAGUUACCUUAUCUUUAAGAAGACCACCGUACAGUGUGAGGCUAUGAUUGACUCUGGGGCAGCAGAGAAUUUUCUAGACAAAGAAUUCUCUGCAAAAUUUCUCCUGCCCUUAAGACAGAAAGAGAGACCCAUAGCAGUAGAAGCUAUUGAUGGAAGGCCUCUUACCCAGCCUCUCAUCACAUACAAAACUCUGCCAAUCACUGUCUCAGUGGGUAUUCUUCAUUCUGAAGAAAUGGUUUUUCAAAUCAUAUCUUCACCUACAUGUCCGAUAAUACUCGGUUUCCCUUGGCUCCAGAAACACAAUCCACGUUUAGAUUGGGUUAAAGGAGAGAUUGUGAGUUGGGGUGAGAGAUGCAGAGGUGUUUGCUUAAAGCAGAUGCCACAACCAAUUGGUACCAUCAAUGUUCCCAUUGCACCUCCCCUGACCACACAAAUACCACCGCAGUAUUUGGACUUAAAGGAGGUGUUUAACAAGGUCCAGUCGGAGGGGUUACCACCACAUAGAUCCUAUGACUGUGCCAUAAAUUUAAUACCAGGUACUAUGCCUCCAAAGGGAGGAGUGUAUGAUCUAUCCCCCCAAGAAAACCUUUGUUUAGAGGAGUAUAUUAAGGAUGCUCUCAGAAAGGGCCAUAGGUCCUCCUCACCCGCCGGGGCUGGGUUCUUCUUCGUCUCUAAAAAAGAAGGAGACCUACGCCCUUGUAUAGACUAUAGGGGUUUGAAUAGGAUUACAAUAAAAAAUGCCUGCCCUAUUCCCCUUAUAUCAGAGUUAUUCGACAGGUUGAAAGGAGCUCGAGUCUUCACUAAGCUCAAUCUCAGAAGUACGUACAACCUAGUCAGGAUUAAGGACGGUCACGAGUGGUUGACCGCAUUUAAUACUAGAAUGGGACAUUACGAAUACCUGGUUAUGCCGUUUGGAUUAUGCAACGCUCCAGCGGUAUUCCAGGAUUUUAUUAACGAUGUCCUAAGAGAGUACCUCCACAUGUUCGUUUUAGUGUACCUAGACGACAUUCUCAUCUAUUCUCCAGACCUAGAGACAUAUCAUGAACAUGUGAGAAUAGUACUCAAAACCCUGUUAAAGAACGGUCUCUACUGUAAGCUGGAGAAAUGCCAGUUUGACCAAACGGAGAUACAAUUUCUUGGAUAUGUUAUAUCUCCGUCCGGUUUCAAAAUGGACCCCCGCAAGCUGGAAGCAGUCUUACAGUGGCCGUUGCCCAAGGGCCUUAAAGCUACUCAAUGCUUUAUAGGUUUUGCGAAUUACUACCACAAAUUUAUUAAAGAGUUUUCUUCUGUAAUUUCUCCUAUAACUAACCUAACCAAAAAAGGAGCAAAUUGCAAAUCAUGGCCCAAAGAAGCAAGAGAGGCAUUUGAACAGUUAAAAUCUUUAUUUUCCUCAGCACCUGUCCUGACCCAUCCUGAUCCAACCAAGCCGUUUAUUCUAGAAGUGGAGCCGUUCUGUCUCAGAGAGAAAGUCCUGAUGUGCCUUUACAUCCCUGUGGAUUUUUCUCUCGCAAACUCACACCUGCAGAGAAAAAUUAUGACAUAGGAAAUAGGGAACUUUUGACCAUUGUACUUGCCCUUAAGGAAUGGAGACAUCUCUUGGAAGGUUCCAAAGAGCUACUUUUGAUCUUUACCGAUCAUAAGAAUUUGGCUUAUAUUGGGGACGCUAAGAGAUUGUCCUCUCGUCAAGCUAGAUGGUCAUUGUUCCUCUCCCGAUUCAAUUUCGUAAUUACUUAUAGGCCUGGGACCAAGAACACAAAGGCAGAUGCACUGUCUAGACCGUUUGAGACAGAUGAAGCUCCUAACCAGGAGGUAUUCCCUAUCAUACCUCCAGAAUGCCUCAUUGCCACCACAGUUUCUGAAGUGUCUUCUCCACUCUUCUGUGCCAUAAUAGAAGAUCAAAUUCAGGCACCCGUGGGAAAACCUCCAGAUAAACUGUAUGUGUCACCUCCAUUAAGAAAAAAGGUACUUGCUUUAUUCCAUGAUAAUCUCACAGCAGUUCAUCCUGGAGUCCAUAAAACCCUCUCUGCUAUCUCCAGGAGGUUUUGGUGGUCUAGUCUUAGGAAUGAUAUCAAAGAUUAUGUGGGGGCAUGUCAAAUAUGUGCCGUUUCUAAAGUUCCUCCUAGAUCACCUCCUGGACUGUUACAACCACUGCCCAUACCGAAUGCUCCAUGGACCCAUUUAGCCAUGGAUUUUAUUGUGGAUCUACCCAGUUCAAAUGGGUUUAAUACAAUCCUUAUGGUCAUUGAUAGAUUCUCAAAGAUGGCACAUUUUAUUCCUCUUAAAAAAUUACCAUCUGCUCAAGAUCUCGUUCAGAUAUUCUUGAGAGAGAUUUUUCGGUUGCAUGGAGUACCCAAAAACAUAGUGUCAGACCGAGGUACCCAAUUUAUUUCUAGGUUUUGGCGUUCCUUUUGUAAACAAUUGGGUAUCGAACUCUCUUUUUCGUCAGCAUAUCAUCCCCAAACAAAUGGAGCAGCAGAGAGAGCCAAUCAUUCUUUAGAAUCCUAUUUAAGUUGUUUUACCAAUGCCAGUCAGUCUAACUGGUAUGAGCUCUUACCCAUGGCUGAAUUCGCCAGGAACAACGCGACUCAUGAAUCUUCUAAUCAUAGUCCAUUUUUUGUAAAUCAGGGUUAUCACCCCACAGUUUUCCCUUCUGACUUCUCAGACACGUACAUUCCUGCUUUAAAUACCCGUUUAGAAUCUAUUCAUGAUACUUGGGAUUCCGUUCAUUCAGCUCUGCAAAAGGCUUCAAUACGUGUGAAAGUCCAAGCUGACAAGAAACAGGGUGCCAAUCCUGUCUAUCUUCCAGGUGACAAGGUGUGGUUAUCCACACGCCAUAUCAAACUUAAGGUUCCUUCCAUGAAAUUUGCCCCUCGGUACAUUGGUCCUUUUCGAGACAUUCGACGUAUCAAUCCAGUGACCUAUUCCUUGGCACUUCCUGACCAUAUGAGGAUUGCCAAUUCGUUUCAUGUAUCUUUACUCAAGCCUCUUACUUGCAAUCGCUACACUAGAGUGUCCACUCCUCCUCCACCGCCCUUGGUAGUGGGUGACCAGCAGGAGUACGAAGUUCGUUCUAUAAUGGACUCCAAAAUGUCAAGAGGUGUCUUGUCCUAUCUUGUUGACUGGAAGGGGUAUGGCCUUGAGGAACGUUGUUGGGUUCCUGCUGACCCGGUUUAUGUGCCCCGUCUUGUCCGGUCGUUUCACAACCGCUUUCCCCUCAAGCCGGGUCCUUCUUCAAGUGGGGGUACUGUCGCGGCUGCCGACACGCCGCGUGGCAAGGCUGUGCCUGACCAGCACAGCCUCGCCAACAGCACGAGAUUACCUGCGAGUUGGCGAGCCAACAGCCACUUCCUCGCAUCCUCCGGCCCUCACGCGGCACCUCCGACGUCCUGGAAGCCCCCCGGCCAUGUGAGAGUGGGGUCCUUGCGAGGACCCCACAAUCACAUGGCCGGGGGUAGCUGGCUGCAGCAUUGCCAGCAAGGGGGCUGCCUGUAAUGACAGGUGGUCCCCCUGCUGGCUGAAAAUAAAAUAAAUAGUGUAAAAAAAAAAAAUAAUAUAUACUUAGAUCAUAUAUAUAUGUAACGGCUACCCUGGUGUAGAGAGGGUACCAGCCGUUAGGGACGUCCUUUUCUUCCCGGCAGUCGCUGUGUAGUGCUGAAGUCGCCUAUUCCCUUCUGCUGGAUCAGGAGUGGAAGCCAGGUACAGCUCUGAAAAGAGCUAAGUGAUUAAGCUGCAGAGAUUCCCCUUUCAAGAACGAGACGAGGCUAUGUUUUGAAGGGUCAAGAAGAACUGAGGGUUUAUUGACAGACACUCUGCUUUUAUGUGAUUCUGCCCAUGCAAGGGAGACACCCACAUAAUUAGCAGUACAACCAAUCCAUACAAUAUACAUUCAGUAAAUUCCCUCCCCUCAGAUAACUACAUAACAUAAUUAAAAAGGAAAAAAAAAUUCCCAAAGUUUGGAUGUACCCCAAAUACUUAGGGUACAGACAUAAAUUUGGUAUCCCCAGAUAGCUUGUUUCAGGUACCAACAUAUGUAAAAAUCAGCUCAAUCGGUUCAGCCGUUCGGGAGAUAUGGGACUUAGAAGAUUUGACCGACCGCACGGGCACAGUAGCCGAAAACAGUUCCAUGAAUGCUGGCCCUGCAGUCGGUCUAAGAACGUGGGUAAAAACUCCCGAACGGCCGGCCAUCUGUAUACCAUCCUGGGUUCGCUGAAAUCCCCAUCUGCUGCUGAUUCUUUCUACCGAACGCCCAGUCGUUCGGUAGUUUUGGCGAUGUUUUCCCGAAGGUAUGGAGGUCUCAGCGGUGUUCGCCUGUUUGAGUGUCCGAUUUUAGUUCCAGACAUUCACCGGCAAACACCGCUGUUCGGGAGUUAAAAUGGCCGCGAACGCGUGUAAGUCCCGAAAUGGCGGCUGAGCUUACAGUUCCCAUAGCAUUCGUGCGGUUGAUUUGAAUAAAAGUGCCCAUCAACGAGGGAGGUAAAUUGGCCAUAAUUAGCAGUCAGGGUGGCCUGUUAAAGGCAGGUAAGCAUUCGCAUGGUGAAUGCUUACAAAAAUACAGAACGGCUGUAUAAUCCAUCUGUCCUUUGCAGUCAUACUGUGCUUGUUGUUACAAUAUAUUGGAAGGCAUGGCCUGAAGUUGUGGGAGGGGCUAUAGACCUAUAAAAGGGACUCCCCCCUUUCCCUACUUACCUUUGUUGGUCAGAUGAAUAGACUGUUCAAGGUCAGCAUUUGCAUGAGAUCCACUUCCAGGUCAUACAAGACGCCAUUUUGGUUUCACCUUUGCUCCAUGAGGUCUCCUACUCCAAGCAGUGUCCAGGAAUCAUGCAGCAGGGAUUUCCGUUAAUCCAGUGGCUUUCUCUCUGGUCAGCAUCGCAUUUGGUGUCUCAGGGACUCUCAAACCGUAAGUUGACCCACCUGUCGCGCCAGGAUUAGUUCCCACGGCGUUCAACACAGCACGGGUCCUCACUUUACGGUUUCCUUUCGUUUUGCAUGGUUAUUUCGUUACCUUAUACCAGGGCCGGACUGGGGAUACAAAGCAGCCCUGGAAAAAAAAUUUGUGCCAGCCCCAUAAGUCACUGCGCCAUAUAUUGUCGCCUGUAAUAUGUAAGGCUAUGUCUUGCCAGGACAGAUGAUUGAGUAAUAUAUAUAUAUAUAUAUAUUGCUUUUUCUAAUAUAAAAUAUUGGUCCUUUCAGGGUAAAACGUUUAAUUAUACAGUAACCACUGCAUUUUCACCUAGACACUGACCCCUACCGGUCAUUCGGUGUACUACAGGCAUCUCAGACAUUAUUGUAUUUCAUGUACAACCAACCACUGCAUUUGAGCCUACACACUGACCCCUAUCGGUCAUUCUGUGUACACAGGCUUCUUAGACGUUUUUGCAUUUCAUGUACAAACCAACACCACAAUUUUCAUGUGGUGGUACUGGUACCUAUAGCAUAUACUACAGGCUUUUCAACAUAAUUUGACUUUUCACAAAAAAUUCACUUUAUUUUGCUUACACACACACCCCUUGACAGUCAUUCUUGCUGUACUAAGGUACUUCCGCAACAUUGAUUUGUACUUGGCGCUGCUAAUAGCACUACACACACCCCUACCAUAUUAUUUAAAGCCACUAUGCAUUUCAUGUACAAAUUCCAGAGUCUCAAUAUUUUUGGAAUAUUUGCAUGUUAUGCACGCUUAAACAUAUAAGCUAUCCUUCCAUAUUAUGUAUUGUUCACAUACUUUAGGUUGAUUCAGCUGCCAGUCAUGGUUCCCUGCAGGCUUCAUGUUUCGCUGAUGACAGUUGUAUCUCCAUCAUCACACAUGAUAUAACACUCCCGACAAGUUAAUCUCCUUCAAACAGGGGCAUUACAAGCAUACAAUAAACAUUGGGAUGGAGCACUUUGCUCUAUUAAACUUGCAUAACACACAUAUGGGUAUAUGCUUUUAAAUGUCUAUAUAUUCAAUUUUCAUACAUUGUUUUACCCGUCUGGAAUGCAGGUAUUAAUAACCCUUUCAACCAGUAAGGGUAUCUAAUCAUACUACCAGGUACAUACACCUGCUCAUGUGGUAUAUACAUACAUUUUCUGCUUCCCCCUGGGUAUAUCCUUAGCGUACUGGCAAUUAGGGACUAUAGGUUUCCAAUAGGUAUUUUCCUUUCUUGGCAUCUACGCCUGUCGUAUAGUGGUCCCGCGAGGCCAACACUCCGCCUCAACGCUCUGAGGCAAACACCCAUCGGGCCACUCGUGAGCUAGCCGCCUCGCAUGGUAUAUAGAGAGGGCCUCACCUGUCACUCCCUUCCCCUUUUUUAUGAUUACAGUCACCGAGAGGCCAACAUCCUGCCGCUACGUUUGGUGGAUUUAUCUCUACCUAACACUCCAGCUAGAGUCAACACACUUUCACUUGGAGAUGUUGCUAGUCCCACAGGACAACUUUGUCCUAACACAGCGGACGAUCACGUUUCAGGCUCCAGGCUCUAGCACCUCUGGUAGUACAUAGAGAACUACCAGAGACAAAUUGGGUCGUCUCAUUCUCUUUGGCAAAUCCCAGAUUUGCUACAAUUUCCAUGUUGGAACAUGUAGUUUCAGUGCAUGCAGACUGUUGCAGAUAUGUUCCCAAUGUGUCAGGGCACAUGCAAAACCAUGUGUCCCAAUAAAUGUACCCUGAACCUUACUUCUGUAAACAUUAUGCAUUUCCAGUACUUUCUAACUCCUCACACUUCCAGACAUUUAGUUUAUUUCCUAAUCUCCGAUUUUAAAGGCCUUCUGUUAAGGUAUUGCCAUAUACUUUUGGGGGAAUCUAGAAUGCCCUAACUUGCAGUCAUCACAGCAGCAUCCAACAGCUGGCAUUACACUCAUGGCCCAAGAAAUGGCAGAAAGAUUUCUACCUGGGCCUCUCCGAUCUACACCAUUUACAGUGUGGCGCAAUCCCAUUGGGAUUGUCACAGGGAAUCUUCCCUCACACUGUAACUGAUCAUACCCUCCGAGGAGUUUUCAUUACAGUAUGCCACCAUUGUUCAUACCAUUACAACUAUCACUCAAGCAGGGAGGGGAAGCCUGGUUAAGUAAAACUGAUAUCACAAACGCAUUUCAGACUGCUACCAUCCACCCUGCACUGGCACUUACAGGGCAGUUAUGGGCAGCAGUUAUAUAUUUCUUAUCCCGCUUAACUUUCGGGUCAAGAGCAGCCCACAAUCUUCAAUAUAUUUGUUGUACUCUUUACUGGUUGUGGUUAAACAUAUCCAGAUGCCCCACAGUCAUACACUCCUGAGAUGAUUUCUUGUUGGUCAAAGGGAAUGCCUUUCCCUCUAGAAGCUUCAAGGAAGCCAUUAGUAUGUCUGAACACUUGGGUGUCCCAGUAUUCCAUAAAGUCACAGAAGACCCAGACACUACCGUUACAUUCCUGGGCAAACAACUUGACUCGGCAUCCAUGCCAACAAGUUACCACGCGAGAAAUAGGAACAGUCGCAACAACACCAAUUACCACCUCCUGUUUGGUACUUGCAACCACAUGGAACUACAAUCCCUACCAGGUUCCUUAAAUUUUGCCAUGCGCAUCAUACCGCAGGCCACGCUUUCAUCUCAGACCACUCUGCUUUUUCCUCCCUCCCGAAUGAUGAUCAGGGGCUGUCCCUAGAAUACCAAGCCAUGGCAGACCUACACAUAUGGUGGACUUUCUUAACCACACGUAAUGGCAAACUAUUGUUGCAGCAGCCGUGACAGCCGCCAUGGCAGGGGGGUCAUUUAUGGUCAAGGUCAUGGAUUACAUGAACCUCGCCAACAUAGCCGGGCUAUGACUAAACUGGCCUUGUCCACCAGCACUCAACACGCUUGCUACAGGGUUUUCCACUUUUACAAUAUGUUUAAUGUCGGACUAUCACUUAGAUAGCUGGUUUGAGGUUUCACCACGUAUGGCCUUCGCCUAUUUUUGCCACCUUAAAUUAAUAAUUCUCGCACAACAUGGUUAAACUUUAUCUCACGGGCAUUCAACACUAUACGUAUUUCUCUUUCCCAAACAACAAGGGUUCCUAUCCUCCUACCCCAUCCAUACCUUACUUAGAGACAUGGCCAAGCGGACGUUCCCGCAAACACUAAAUACUGGCCAUAGACAUACAAUUUUCAAACCAUGUCAGAACCACUCGACCAUGCACUUCCGAGCCACACACCAAUGCAGUUAUCAAAACUGCUACCUAUCUAGCCUCUAACGGCUUUCUCAGGCCAAAACAAUAACUCACUAUCAGCGGCCAACAUCAUAAACAAGAGUGCCUGUUGACCUCUUAUCUUCUAAAACACACAGACCACUAUGUCCGGUCCCUUCCUAAAACUAAGAUGAGUCAGAGGGCCGAGCCAGUGCUUAUAACCUACUACCUUACAAGCAAUGCUGGGUGCCCGGUUAAGGUACUGAUUACGUUCUUGGGCACGCCACCAUACACACCACUGAACCAUUACUGUCGCUGUACGAUACUGUCCUUACCACAGUUCAUGCACUAUGUCCACCUACUCAUUCACCAGGCUCUAACUAAACCCUAGCGACUACUUUAGGAUAGGAGCAGCUUACAGAGCCUAUAGCCAAGACAUACCCACACACGUUAAGACACGGGGCCGUUGGGAAUCAUAGGCUUAUGCGAUUUACAUACCACAGCCGAUUCAGGAAUUGGGAAGCUUUCAUUAAAAUGUCUAACUGAUGGUUAACAAAUGCACUACGAUCCUGUAUAAUGUUUUGCAUUAAUAUGUCUCUUUUUGCCCACUUUUUACCGGCCUACAGCAUACGUCGGUUUCGGCACACCUCAACCGAUUAUUCCAAAGCUACAUCUCUACAACCCAUCUUAUUCUAUAUCAUAUGAGAAUGCCCCGAACACAAAUUGGAAGGCAUGGCCUGAAGUUGUGGGAGGGGCUAUAGACCUAUAAAAGGGACUCCCCCCUUUCCCUACUUACCUUUGUUGGUCAGAUGAAUAGCCCCACCCUCCACUCCCAUUGUUCAUAUUUCCUCUAUGUAAGCCCACUUUUUACCGGCCUACAGCAUACGUCGGUUUCGGCACACCUCAACCGAUUAUUCCAAAGCUACAUCUCUACAACCCAUCUUAUUCUAUAUCAUAUGAGAAUGCCCCGAACACAAAUAUUAUAUAUAUAUGAUCUAAGUAUAUAUACACAUAUACAUACACACAUGUACACUGUCUAGGUGUAUUUUACUAUUAAUAUAUAUAUAUAAUAAUAUAUAUAUAUAUUAAUAUCAAAUUACACGUAGACUGAUACUGAUUAAAUAUAUAUAUAAUUAUUGUUAUAUAUAUUUAUAUAUAAUAUAAAAAAAAUGUAAAUACGUAAAAAAAUAAAAUAAAAAAAAUAAUUAAUUAAAAAAUAUAUAGAUGUGUGUUAUUUCGUUCUAACUGUAUUGUGAAAUUAAUAUAUAUAUAUAUCAAAAUACACGUAGAACGAAAUAAUAUAUAUAUCUAUAUACAUAAAUUUAUAUGUAUAUAUCACUAUAUAUAUACCUAUAUAUAAAUAAAAAUAUUUUAAAAAAAUUGUAUAGAUAUAUACAUAUAUAUACACAUACGUAUAGAUAUACAUAUAUUAAUUCUACAUAUAUAUUUAUGUAAUAUUUUUAUAUAAUUAGGUAUCUUAAUUAAUUACAAUUAGCGGGACCUGCCUGACAACCCAUGCCGAAAGUAAAGGGAAUUUAAUUUGCUAGCACUAUAUUUAACCCUAUAACUUUCCAAGACACCAUAAAACCUGUACAUGGGGGGUACUGUUCUACUCGGGAGACUUCGCUGAACACAAAUAUUAGUGUUUCAAAACAGUAAAAUGUAUUACAACGAUGAUAUUGCCAGUAAAAGUGAAGUUUUUUGCAUUUUUCACGCACAAACAGCACUUACACGGACAAUAUUAUUGCUGCGAUACUUUUUACUGUUUUGAAACACAAAUAUUUGUGUUCAGCAAAGUCUCCCGAGUACAACAGUACCCCUCAUGUACAGGUUUUAUGGUGUUUUCAAAAGUUACAGCGUCAAAUAUAAGGCUUGUGUUUCAUUUUUUUCACAUUAAAAUUCGCCAGAUUGGUUACGUUGCCUUUGAGACCCUAUGGUAGCCCAAGAAUGAAAAUUACCCCUAUGAUGGCAUACCAUUUGCAAUAGUAGACAACCCAAGGUAUUGCAAACGGGGUAUGUCCAGUCUUUUUUAGUAGCCACUUAGUCACAAACACUGGCCAAAAUUGGCGUUUUUUGCAUUUUUCACACACAAAUAAAUACUAACGCUAACUUUGGCCAGUGUUUGUGACCAAAUGGCUACUAAAAAAGACUGGACAUACCCCAUUUGCAAUACCUUGGGUUGUCUACUAUUGCAAAUGGUAUGCCAUUAUGGGUGUAAAUUUCAUUCCUGGGCUACUAUACAGUCUCAAAGGCAACGUAACCAAUCUGGCGAAUUUCAAUUUCAAAUGUAACGUGCUAUAUUUGACCCUGUAACUUCCCAAAACGCCAUAAAACCUGUACAUAGGGGGUACUGUCUUACACGUGAGACUUUACUGAAUACAAAUAUGUGUAUUUUAUUGCAGUAAAAGCAAACAGUAUUAUGACAUUGACAGUUAAAAUGUCAUGUAGAACUAAAAAAAUUAAAAAAAUCUUAUUUUCUCCCAUUUUUUUCAUAUUAAAUUAUGUUUCAUAGCUAAAUAUUUGAUAUUAAAUGAAAGCCCUGUUUCCCCUGAAUAAAAUGAUAUAUAAUAAGGGUGGUGCAUUUACUAUGAAAGAGGUGAAUUACGGUUGGACAGACAUGUAGCGCAAAUGCCAGGUUUUGUUUACAUUUUGUUUUGUUCACAACGUGUACAUUUGGCUCCGUCCUUAAGGGGUUAAUUGAACAGGUCACGUGUAUAAACAGUGUAUGAGGCUAGAAUUUGUGUAGAAUGUGUGGUACCUUUAGAGCACUUUACAGGUCAAUAUUUAUAAAGUGGAGGAGGCUUUAACAAGCCAUCAUUCUAUGACACAGGAUGGGUUUUGUUCUCCUCAAGAGUAUCAGAAAAUCUACAAAGUCACACAGGGGGCUCCUUAUAACUCCUACAGGAGGGGAGAACCAAACUUUCAAAAUGAACUAUUUUACUUCAAAAAAAAUAACAAACACAAAUGUGGCACCCUGUGUUUCCAUUUAACAUUUAAUUGUCAGUAGAUGUAAAACGCCAUUCCAUUAUGUUCAGGAGAAAAUUUUAGUAUAAUUAUGUCAAACCAUAUGCUUUUUUUUUUUUGACAUGUUGGAUACUUGUUGUUUAAAGUUUGUGGCUUUAAAGUUUGCGAUUGUGAAUGACAGACUUUAAAAGAAGAGUAAGACAAUUUUUAAAACACAUGGUUUGGGUUAACUGAGGUCAAAAUGUCACCUACCAGGGGGUUAAAUACAUAAAAUGUGAAGGGUUUCACAAGAGAGGCAGCUCCUGUAUUUUCCGGCAGCUUUUAACAUUCUACAGUAUAGAUUAUAUAAUGUGACUACUCAAUUUAUGGUGAGUUACAGAUAUUAAUGGCAUUGGUAAUCAUACUAGUUCAUAGGACACUAUAAAUGAAAGUAUUGUACUAGACUCCUUUGAAGUAAAACGUGUAUUAUAUACCAGAAAAUGUUAUGUAACAGCCUGCUCUGUUUUUGAGAGUUAUCUAAAGUAAUACAGCAAUAUUUCAGGGCAUGAAUUCCAUAUUUCAAUGUGCUGAAAUUAUAUGUGUGUAUAGUCAGUACAGUGCCAAGCACUAACCAAUUCAUAUAGGUUGUUUAGAACAUUUCUUGCUGUAUAAACAAGUCAGUAUUGUUAACAAAAAAAUAAUAAAUACUGAAGUAAACUGAAAGUAUUUAGGCAAAAUUAGCCAAGCUGUGACUUUUGGAGAUUUUUUGAUGUCAGAUAUUUUUUCCUACAUUAUGUAGUUCGGUUUUCAGUUCACUGUAUUUCAGUGUUUAGUGAGUAAACUCAAAUGUUAUCAUUACUUUUAUUUAAAUAGAGCCAACAUAUUCAGCUAUGCUGUGCAGAGGUGAAAUAAGGAUUGGCAAAGGUUGUAGACAGGACAAUAUCAAUAAUGGCUUCCCUGCCUGCCCAUAAGUUUAAAAUGUAGCUAUGAUUAGUAGUAAUUUUAUACAGGGGUCAAGUCCUGGGUAAAAAAGUGUGGGAACUCACCCAAGAUCCACCCCCCCACCCAAAAGCAUCUUCACCUGUGUACCUCUUAACCCGCCUUUUACUUCUCAUCCCUUUUUUAAAAAAUGUCUUCCCCCUUAGUGUAUCUUAUACCUUAUUUUUCCCCAUUGUGUUUCUUACACCUCCAUUGUGUAUCUCUUGCAACCCCCCUUUGUGUGUCUCUUUCCCUCCCAGCCCCUUUGUGUUUUUUACUCUUACCAGCUCCUUUGUGUGUUUCUCUUUUACCACCAGCCUGUCUAUGUCCCCCCAGUCCCUCUGUGUCUCUUUUUCCUCUUCUCAAGCCCCUCUGUGUUUUUCACCCCCAGGCAUAGUGUUCUUCGUCCCUCCCCUGUCCCAUAAUGUUCUUUCCCCCCUCCCCUGUCCCAUAGUGUUCUUUCCCCUCUCCUCACCUCUCCCAUAGUGUGCUCUCCCCCAUCCAAUAGUGUUCUUCCACCCCCAUCUCAUUCUGUUCCUUACCACCCUCCCUCCCCUGUCCCAAAGUGUUCCUUACCACCCCCCUCCCCUGUUCCAUAGUGUUCCUUACAAACCCCUCCCUGUUCCAUAGUUUUCUUCUCCCCCCCCUCCUCUGUCCCAUAGUGUUCUCCUUACCACCACCCCCUGUCCCAUAGUGGCAUCCUUAUCAGCCCCCCUCAACCUGUACCAUAAUGUUCUUUCACCCCCGUCCCAUAGUGUUCUCCUUACCACCCCUCUCCCCAUCCCAUAGUGUUCUUCCUUAUACUUCCUCCCUCUGUCCCAUAGUGUUCUUCUUUACCACCCCUCCCGUCCCUUAGUGGCCCCCCUCAACCCCCCAUGGUUCCUACCUCUCUUUGUAGUGUGGGUGAGCGGAACAGACCACAGUACAUGAGAUUCAGUUUUCUGUCCCCGGCUAGACUGACAGGAAGUGUUCUCUCAGUGAGCACUUCCUUUCAGUCCGGCUGGGUAUACCUCCUGCCAGUCACUCUGAUCUAGCGCCCCCCAUGCCAGUGAGCCCUAUGGUGGCUGCUUGUGCCACCUUAUGGAUUCGCUGGCCCUGCCUGCAGGACUAGUAACGGGAACAGGGUUCCUGCUGUGGAAAAAGUGCAGGAACGCCAUUCUCAUGCGUUCCUGCAGGACUCGAGCCCUGCUUUUAUACAACACACAUAGCAAGAAUGUUUGAGAUCCUAAUAAGAGCAAUUAUAACGCAUGAAUGCAUGGUAUAAUGGAGAGAAUGAUAAAGAAUGUUAGAUGGGCAGGGGUAGGCAGGCUAAGGGCCUUAUAUGGCCUGCCUCCUGCAAUUAUUAUUGCCCAUAUUUGGGAGGAUAUGCACAGCCCUCCUGCAGGCACUUCAGCCAGUAUGCACAAGGCAUGCUGUACUGUCUUUCUCUCAUCCUGCCAUUAAUAUCUGUGAACAGUACAUGUUGAACACAACAUGUCAUUUGUUAUUUUUACUGCCCCAUAAGAUCAAUAUUAAAUUUGACAUUUACCUUCUUUCUCUUUCUGCUCUGUUUCUUCAGGUUGUCCGUCCUUCCAACCACGCCACCAUUCAAAGUAUUGUGAAAGCUGUAGGCAUCAUUCCUGGAGUCCCAGAGCCAUGCUGUACCCCUGAAAAGAUGAACUCACUCAGUGUCCUUUUUUUAGAUGAGACUCGCAAUGUGGUGCUUAAAGUGUACCCCAAUAUGUCAGUGGAGAGCUGUACCUGCAGAUAGUGAGGGUUGAUUCAUACUCUCUUCCCUCAGAGUCUUUCAGCAACUCAAAUGGGUCCUGGACUGUGAAGGCCCUUACGAUUUUAUCUUCCUCUCGUUCUUAAGCCCACCACCAGUGCAGCAGGCUUAUGUUCUUCUCCACAAUACUUAUUUAGUCAGCAAGGCAUUGCUGGAGAAGAAUGCAUCUCAUUAGGGGAUACAACAAGGUAUUCAGAUAAGGCCUACACAAUGAGAUUAGAAACAGGAGGUAUCAUUUUUGGUGCAAGGUAUUUGUAAUUACCGCCCUGACCUGGCAAUAUGGAUAAAAUACAUCAUUUCACCCUGCAUGCAGCCAGAGACAAAAAUAAUGCCAGAUUUUUAUUGUUUUACUUUAUUUUUUACUGUAUUUUUAUGAAAUAAUUACAAAAAUGUAUUUUUAAUAUUAAGCUGUAAUGCAAUAAUAUAUUCAGAAAAAGUAGAAGUCAGUUUAUUUGUGUGUAAAAAUUCUAAGCUAUAUUAUAUCACUAUGUGCAUCUAUUAAGUACACUAGGUAACUUUACUUUUGGCCUCACAAUAUUUGUAAAUGAUUUCAUAAAAAAAAAAAAAAAGCCUAAAACCACUGAAAAAUGAGUCCACAGUGAUGUAAACACUUGCAAAAGAUAUGGAAGCCAUACAUGAGCUGCUAAAAAUUAUUAUAUUGAUCUUUAUGAUCAAGAAUGAUCUCUAUAAAAUGCAUGCCAGAACAGUCAUGACAUCGACAAGUGUUAAACACAUAUAGAUGUUUACUGAAAACAAUGUAUUGUACCCAGCUUGAUUUGUGCUGUUCCCAACUCAUUACUUCUCCUGUUUCUCACACUUUAUACAAGCUAAAUAGGAAGCCUUCUCCAAAUGAUAUCAACUAUUUAAUAUCCUUCACUGUUAUAGGCUGUCUGAGUUCUAAACAAUGAAUUUUGUUUCCUCUUAGGUAGAUUAGAAUGCCAAGUGACAGAAAGAGAAGGAUGCAGGAAUUAUAUUUUUUAUUUUCUUCUUUAAAGUGCCGUAAAAAGGAUGGUUCUGUCCGAAUUAAGGUUAUAUUUAAUAAAUUAAUGAAAAAGCAUCCAUCAUAUGUGUUAAAUAUGGAACCUUAUAUCUUAAUACUAUUGUCAUGCUAGGUAAUCAAUGGUCAGGUAUCUCCAAAUCAAUGUGGAAUAUGGAUUGGUAACCACAGAUUAUUCAACUUGGAAAAUCAACACCAUCACCUUGAAAUUCAGAAACUGUGAUAAAAUAUCAGACACAUUAGGGGUUAUUUGUUAAACUCUAAAUUGUAGAAAAAUAAAAUCUGAAACUGCAAAAUUGAAGCUAAAAUGCCAAAGAUGUGCCUGUAAAUGGAAUUGAUCAUUUUUACAGAUAAGCUAUCUUUGUCUAAAGUUUGUCAUAUGAAAGCAGAUUUAAUAUAAUUCGGAGCUUAGUAAAUAACCUUGUCUGGUAAGCAGUUCCAUUAUGUGUUCAAGUUUAAAGAAUAAGUCAUUGGAUUUUCAUAAAUCACGUAACCAGAUCUUUUUAUAAUACUUAUUGCUAUUGCACUACAGAAUGUCAAUAAUGCUUUUGGUUAAGUAGUAUUCAAGUGUUGUUAUGUCAGUUCUGCUACACAACACAGCUCUUUUUCAGUUUAAUAUGUUAGUGUAAUGAUGUUAUCAUGAACAAUUUGCAACAAAUCAAGAGAAUACUACCUAUCAGCCAAAAUUAUCUCUUAAACUGUCACUUCCCAGGAUUUGUAAUAUUAUUUUUACGAAUACCACAUAUUUAGCAAAUAUGUUUUUCACAAAAUUGAAAGUAGAAAUCUAGGAUAGUUGUCCAUACCACUAUGUUACAAAUAUGAUUUCAUUAAGUUAAUGAAGGCUUAUUGAUAUUGCAACAAACAUUUUUUUUAUUUUUUAUUUAAACACUAUUCACUGAACAUUGAUGUUCCAUGCUGUCAUGACAAUUUGUUUUGUGCUGACCUCAUGCCAGCAUUCAAUAUCCGGAUUAUUUUGCCUCUUGAGAGAAGCCUUCUGUUGCUCAAUAUGUUGGAUGUUUCAUGUCAUCAUAAGCCUUUAAAUACCAGUCAUUGAGUUCUAUUGACAGAGCAAGGGUUAAAAACUGCUUAAUGAAUAACAUUUGUCCCAUAGACUUCAAAGAAAUAACUACUAGUCAACAAAUAGAGUAAACACUUACUUAGCUAAAAUAAUCCAGCAACAGAUUAGGAUGGCAAAUACUGUCAUUGGUCCUUAGCGAGUUAAGAUCCAAGUUUUAUCAGACGUUGUCCCAAUACAGUAUCACAGUGGCCAAACAAAACUCUUAUAUUCUACCAAGAUAAGUAUCUAUGCAAUUCAAUCGAUACGUGAUUUACCAAUUUUAUUUGGAUAGAUCUAAUGUUUUCAAAAAACCUAGCAAGGUUAUUCACUAAAGUGAGCAUUAUCAGGAAUUCAAAGUGAAUUAAUUGUAGUCGAACUGGAAUAAUUCAGUUUCAAUUUCAGUUUAGCUAUUUUAGCCUUAAAUUUGAAAUUAAUUUUGAAUUCCUGACAAUGUUCCCCUUAGUGAUUAACCCUGCUAGGCUUUUAAAAAAAUUAAAAAAGAAAUACUUCUAUCCAAACAAAAUUAGAGUUCAGAAUUUAGCAGGACCCAGAAGCGGCAGGUCUUUAGACUAAGUCAGCAAAGUCCAAGCAAUUGAUGAAUUCUGCUGUGUCUGAAAGCUGAGUAUAGAGUAGUUGCUACCAAGUCAGCAUUAGUGAAUGUAGGACCUUAUAACUACUAGCUUUUCGUCAUCAGAACAUAUGAGGAGUUUACUGCAGGAAGUUUAUUCUUUGUUUCAGAUAUCUCUCUGGGUUGCGUGGAUUAUUUGUAACUCUCCCCCUCUGUUUUUAUUGUUCUUAUGAUAUGUAUAUUUAUGUUGUUCAAACCAGUUUAUGUAAAAUAUUUUUAUAUUAGACUUGUGUAU